GUUUUCUAGUUUGUUUUUUUUUUUGGAAUUUUCUGUUAAAUAUCGGUGUCGGUAUUAUUACGCUGGCAAUUAGAAAUUAACAACGAAUAACAACAUAGCUGAAUAAAACGUAGAACGUUGAUAUCGCCAUAAAAUUGAGUUUCAAGUGAAUUUUCUAGUAAAUAAUUGUGUGUGCAUUUUAGUGGAAUUGUGAAAUUGUUGGUAGCGGCUCCAUCAGACAUCGGAUCAGAAGAGAGAAUAUUAAGCACAAAUUGUGAAAUCGUGGCAAAACAAUCAACUAAAAUAAACCACAACAACAAAAACUGAAGUGUAAAUUACAACAACACUUACAACUAAAUACUAUAAACAGCGACAAAUCGAAAAAGCUAAGGAAUUGCUCGUCAAAUUGUCGCUGGUCAGUUGAGUUUGGCCUUUGAUUACACAACCAACAACAACUACAUCGAAAAGGAACGGCAAAAAAACAAUAUUCAAUAUAUCAGAUUUAAAACGUGUGUGAAAAACAUCAGCACGCGGUCACACACACACACAUAAAGUUCCAUAUACAUAUACACAUACAAACACACAGGCGGCGUUAGCGCGCACGAGUAACAGAGACAACGUGAGCAGCACAGCCAGUAGGAGCGAGUACAUCAGCACCAACAACAAACAGGUCAUUUUGUUGUUCAGCCGACACCGACGCCGACGACGCCGCUAGGCUUUGUUUUUGCUUCUUGUUCUAAAGGCGAGAGCAACAGCUGAGCAUCAGCAGAACACAGCAACCAACUCUGAUUAGAAAGCACGCGUUUGUUGCUUUUGGCAAUAUUCUGCAGCAUUUGCCGCAAUGGGCCUAUUGAGCGAGGGCAAUCCACUCUCCUGGGAGGAGACCAAAAAGCUAGUAGAUCAUGUUCGUGAGCAUGGAAUCAAUCAGUUCAUUCAUCUAUAUCACAGACUGAAGGAUCGCCAGGGCGACAUACUGAAAUGGGGCGACGAAGUUGAAUAUAUAAUUGUCAAGUUCGACGACGAGCAGAAGGUGGCGCGCGUUUCGCUGAAGGCCAAGGAUCUGCUGGCGAAACUCAAUGAAAAGGAGCUGGCCGAUCCCAACGGCGUGAAGUCGUUGUGGCGUCCCGAAUACGGCGCUUACAUGAUCGAAGGCACGCCGGGCAAGCCCUUUGGUGGCCUGAUGGCACAUUUCAAUUUGGUAGAGGCCAAUAUGCGGUAUCGUCGCGAGGAGGUCACCGAGCUGCUGGCCAGCGAUGAAUGUGUGAUGUCCAUAACAAACUUUCCGCGUCUCGGUGCGCCAAAUUUUACGUAUCCGGUGCAUCAGCCGCGACCCGAGGAUCCAAUCAGCUCGGCUCGUUCGCUCUACUUUCCCGAUGAGGCCAUAUUUCCGGGCCAUCCACGAUUCAAGACGCUAACGCGCAACAUACGCAUGCGUCGUGGCGAAAAGGUAUCCAUCAAGCUGAAGGUCUUCAAGGAUGUAAAUACGAAGCUGCCCGUGGAGGGUGCACCGCCUGGCGAACCGGAUGUUGUGCUCCUGGACGCCAUGGGCUUUGGCAUGGGCUGUUGCUGCCUCCAGCUAACGUUCCAGGCAUGCAACAUAACCGAGGCGCGUCGCCUAUAUGAUCAACUGGCACCACUUUGUCCCAUUAUGCUGGCCCUAACAGCCGCCUCGCCGGUUUACCGCGGUUAUCUAACCGAAUCGGACUGCCGUUGGAAUGUGAUUAGCUCCUCGGUGGAUUGCCGCACAGAGGAGGAGCGUGGCCUGGUGCCGCUUAACGAAAACAAAUUUCGUAUUGCCAAAUCGCGUUACGAUUCCAUCGAUUCGUAUCUGUCCCCUGAGGGGGCCAAAUACAACGAUGUGAAGCUCACCUACGAUGAGGAUGUCUACAAGCGUCUCAUCGAGGGCGGCAUCGAUCAUCUGUUGGCGCAGCAUGUGGCCCAUUUGUUUAUUCGUGAUACAGUCUCGCUAUUUAGCGAGAAGGUCCAUCAGAACGAUGAAGAGGAUACGGAUCAUUUCGAGAAUAUCCAGUCAACCAAUUGGCAAACGAUGCGCUUCAAGCCGCCGCCACCCAACAGCUCCAUUGGCUGGCGUGUCGAGUUUCGUCCUUGCGAGGCUCAAAUUUCCGACUUCGAGAAUGCGGCGAUUGUCUGCUUCGUGGUGCUGCUGACCCGUGUCAUAUUAUCGUAUCAGCUGAAUUUCUUAACGCCUAUCAGCAAGGUCGACGAGAAUAUGCAAACGGCCCAGAAGCGGGAUGCGUGCCGCAAGGAGAAAUUCUGGUUCCGCAAAUCGUCCAAGUCAACGGAGCAGCGCGCCGCCUGUGUCCAAAUCAACGGCACCUCGACAAACACAAAUGGCAGCAGUACUGCAACUGAUCCGAUACCCCUAUUCAAUGGCACUGGCAAGCUAAAUGGUCAUGGAAACGGGCUAAAUGGCAAUGCCAACAACAACAACAGCAGCAGCAACGCCAAUGGAAGCCACAUUCACAAUGGGGGCACCGACAGCGAUCAAACCGAUACCGAUGAUGAGGAGACCGAGCUGUUCCAGCUGCUCACCAUCAACGAGAUCUUUAAUGGCAAGCCCGGCGUAUUUCCUGGCCUGGUGCCGCUGAUACGCAGCUAUCUGCAGUCCAUGGAGGUGGACACAGACACGCACUGCACAAUUGAACAGUAUCUGCGCUUCAUACAGAAGCGCGCCGCCGGCGAUCUGAUCACAACGGCUACCUGGAUACGUGAGCAGGUGCUCAACCAUCCGGACUACAAGAAGGAUUCGGUAGUUAGCGAUCGUAUUAACUAUGAUCUGCUCAAGAGCAUACAGCGCAUACAGGAGGGCAAGCACGUGGAGCCGGCACUGCUUGGCCAGGGCAAUCAUUCCAAGACGAAAGAUUUCAUUCCGCCCGCACUUCAAAAGCAGUUGGCCAAGACAGGCUGUUGCGAGGACAAAUGAUCGCGUUGAUUUAACUCGCCCAAACACACACGUACACGAAAACACACACAAACAGACACUAACACACACAACCAACAGCAAAAAC